CAGACAUGAGUAUGGUCUGUCUCGCAGAUUUUGAGGAGUAUGCCAAACAGCAUCUCUCUAAAUCUACAUGGGAAUAUUAUGCGGCUGGAGCUGAUGAGUGUCACACUAGAGAUGACAAUCUGUUGGCUUACAAACGGAUCCGCUUGAGGCCACGGAUUUUACGGGACGUGUCGGUCAGUGACACGAGGACCACAGUGCUCGGAAGGGAGAUAAACUUCCCUGUGGGAAUUGCACCCACCGCUUUUCACUGUCUUGCGUGGUAUGAGGGAGAAUUAGCCACUGCCAGAGCCACUGAAGCGGUGAACACCUGCUACAUAACAAGCACAUACUCCACAUGCUCGGUGGAGGAGAUCUGCGCCGCGGCACCCAACGGGUACCGCUGGUUUCAGCUGUACUUAUACAGAGACCGUGCGCUGUCGGAGCAGAUUGUGCGGCGAGUGGAAGGGCUCGGGUACAAGGCCUUGGUGCUCACAGUGGAUGUGCCCUAUACUGGUAAACGUCGCAAUGACAUCCGCAACCAAUUUAAACUCCCACCUCAUCUGAAGGUCAAAAACUUUGAGGGGAUGUUCCAGAUGCACGAAGGCUCCCACGAGGAAUACGGGAUUCCGGCCAACACAUUAGACCCGUCCAUCAGCUGGGAGGAUGUGACCUGGCUCCAGUCUCUAACAAAGCUCCCUAUAAUAAUCAAGGGCAUCCUUACAAGAGAAGAUGCAGAGCUGGCUGUGAAACAUGGGGUCCACGGCAUAAUUGUGUCGAAUCAUGGAGGCCGACAACUUGAUGGAGGGCCUGCAACGAUAGAUUGUUUGCCUGAGAUAGUGGAGGCAGUGCAGGGCCGUGUCGAGGUCUACAUGGACGGGGGUAUCCGCACAGGCAGCGAUGUGCUGAAGGCCGUGGCCUUGGGAGCAAGAUGUGUGUUUAUUGGCAGACCAGCAAUCUGGGGCCUCGCUUACAAGGGGGAAGAAGGAGUGAAAGAGGUCUUGCAGAUGUUACAUGAUGAGUUUCGUUUAUCCAUGGCGUUAUCAGGUUGCAGAAAUGUUGCUGAGAUCAACAGGAGCCUCAUUCAGUUCUCCAGACUUUGAAUAGCAACAAGAACUGUAGUUCAGGCUGCAAAACACUACAAUCUAACAUGUCAUAAUGUAUUCUUAAAGAGAUACGGUAUAUAAACCACUGUAGCUUUUAAGUAAGUCGCAUUUUGCAAAUGUUCACAGUGUAUUGACGGUACUGUAUCACUUACUACCGUGUUUUUUUAAUUCAGCAAGCACUAACUUACUUUGCAAAUUAAACUGAUUAUCUGAUCAAUCUCGAAAUAAAUUUCUAAAUCAUUUGAA